AGUUACCUGUCCAGAAUGGACACCUUCCCGAAGUGUUCUGUCUGUCAGCAGCAGUUUACCCUGAAAGGUCCAGCCCCCUACUUACUGCCCUGUCUACACGCUGUGUGUGAGACGUGUGUGGCAUCUGCAGCUGGUGGUGUGAUAUCAUGCUCUACAUGCCAGAGGGAGGUCAACCUCACAGACAUCCGUCUCCAGAAGGAUGCAGUAAGACAGAAGGAAAUAUUCCACCUGACAGUCAAACAUCGCCCAACAGAGCUCCUCUGUACAAAUGACGAUGACGGGAACCAGGCUGUGUGUUGGUGUCAGGAAUGUGAAGAGUUCCUCUGUGAAUACUGCCAGAACAUGCACAGCAGCUUCAAACUUACCAGGAACCAUUUACUUCAAAAUUUCACUGACAUGGAACCGACAACCUCGAACAUUCCAACAUUUUGCGGUAUCCAUAAAUACGACCCCAUUUAUCUGUUUGAUAAAAGCUGCAAGAAGUUGAUCUGUGCGAGAUGUAGGAUUGAAGACCACGCAGACCAUGAAGUUGUGGAGCUGGAUGUGGUUGCUGAUACUGUAACAAAACAGCUGGACCAUCAUAAGAGGGAGCUCUCAAAGUUAGAGGAUCGCCAGCAAUCACAUAUGCAGAGCAUUAGGCAAGGAAGCGAAUUCACAGACAGAACCCACAACACUUUGAACGAAAGUAUUGGCCACACAUUCCAAUCUCUGAGAUCACAACUUGACCAAAGAGAGAAGGAACUUCUGAUUGAUCUUGAAAGUCAGACAAAGGAGACCAAGGCAACUCUACGUGCUCAUCGAACCGCCUUGACACUGCUGCGCCUCAAACACAUGUCGUACCUACAGCUGUCUUCAACACCAACAGCUUGUCAACACUGAAAUCAAAUAUAUCAGGAUUUGGUG